AUGUUUGAUAACCAGCGCUAUGAGCAAAUCCGAGAAAUCUUUCAUGGAGAGAAUACGGUUGCUGUAUGGUGCUGUUCCGACAAAAGGACUGGAAAGAAAGUCGUGAUAAAAUCUUUCCCAAAAGAAGUAAUUGACAAUUCAUUUUACGAAAAUGAAUUGCACAUCACAGAGUUAGCGCAAGGUGAUAACAUUAUACAAUUAUUAGACAGAUUUGAAACACAAGUUUCAUACAAUCUCGUUCUCGAGCAAGGAGAAUGUGAUUUAUUCGAUUAUAUCAUGAAUAAUGGCCCAAUAUCAGAGGCCAAAUUCAUGAAUACAUUUGGCGAUUUAAGUAAGGCGCUGGAACGCCUUCACCAUAGGAACAUAUUACAUAAAGAUAUCAAGCCGGAAAAUAUAGUUAUUGUAGGAGAUUCAUAUUCAUUCAUAGACUUUGGACUUAGCGAAAUUAUGAGUAACGUUAACCAAAACAACGCAUUUGUCGGUACGACAUUGUUUACCGCUCCUGAAGUAGUUCUUAACAAGAGCUAUACACCAGAUAGUGAUAUUUACUCCUUCGGUAUAGUGAUGUUUUUUGCACUAUCAGGAGAAUUGCCCUUUGAUUGCGAGAAUUCAUUUCAAUAUGUUAUGAAUCAAAUCAAUACACCACCAGAUAUGAAUGCUUUAUGUAAUAGACAUAUUAGCCAACAGAUUAUAUUAGUGAUACAGAGAAUGUUAUCCCCAUCACCUAAAGAUCGACCAUCGAUUUCUGAGAUUAUCAGUACUCUUUGGCCUCAACAAAAUGUUACAAUCGAUAAUAAUGCUUCUAAUCUGUGGGAAUAA